AAGGAGCAUCCCAGACCCAAAGUAUCAUUGCUGUAAAGAAAGAUUGUAUUUCUCACUGCCCAAUGGAUCUUGCCAUUCUUCUUCUUCUUCUUUGUGUAGUAUCUGCUCCUGUGUAUGUCCACUCCACUGUCCAACUUGUGGAAUCUGGACCAGGAACAGUGAGUCCUGGAGAAUCCUUUAGAUUAACCUGCAAAGUGACGGGGAACUCUAUCAAGAGUGUGUGGUGGGAAUGGAUCCGCCAGGCUCCAGGAAAAGGACUGGAAUGGGUGGGCCAGAUAGACUGGUAUGCUGACGAGUGGAGAACAUUCUAUGCCUCAUCCCUCCAAAGCCGAGCAGCCUUGUCUGCCGAUGACUCCCGCAACGAGUAUUAUUUGACAAUGAGUUCCCUGACAGCUGCAGACUCAGCCACAUAUUACUGUGCACGAAAGCCACAGAACCAUAUCAUCCUGCUCUCCUGCUACACUCAACAUCUUAAAGGUUGGGUACUUGCCUGUUUUCUCAUCAAUAAGAAUCGUGCAAUUUUUGAGCAAGCAGAAAUGGCAUUCUGGCUAAACCUCAUGUCCUUGUUAGUUGUCCUCAAAGGUGUCCAAUCUGAGGUUCAGUUGGUGGAGUCUGGGGGAGAUGUGAGAAGACCUGGAGAGUCCCUCCGUCUCUCCUGCCAAGCUUCUGGAUUCAACUUUGGUGGCUACCACAUGGGUUGGGUGAGACAGGCUGCUGGGAAAGGACUUGAAUGGGUAGCAUUCAUAUACACUGAUUCCAGUGGAAAGUUCUACUCAGACAAAGUGAAGGGGCGCUUCACCAUCUCCAGGGACAAUGCCAAAAGCCAGAUGUAUCUUCAAAUGAACAGCCUCAAACCAGAGGACACGGCUGUCUAUUACUGUACGAGAGACACAGUGAGAGGAAGUGAAUCUGAAGCAAAGCAGAAACCUUCCAUAUCUCAAAGACAUUUUCCAAGUUCACCCAAUAACCAGAGCUUGAACUGGUACAUAAUUAUUGUGAGGAAUCAUGCAAAAGCACCAUAA